GUAAGAACGGAGCUCUCCUUCUAUGUAUUUAAUUCACAUUAUGAUGGUAUUAUAUGCACAGUAUAUGUUACCCGGGCUAAAGCGUGAAUCCCGAGCCUCCUGUCCUCAAUGGCUCGGCUCAGUUCGGCUCGGCUCGGCUCAGAGCUGUGAGUCACAGACAAUGCGAGGCUGUCAGAUCCGACGGUAGGAGGCUCUUUCCAAAACCUGCAGCUUCAAAUCUAAAUAUGAGGCGCUGCAUAGUGUGAAGAUGGCAAACGCUUCCUACGACCAGCUGGCCCACCAGGUGGAGGCGCUCCGUAAGGAGAACUCCCACCUGAGGAGGGAGCUGGAAGAUAACUCCAACCACCUAUCCAAACUGGAGACUGAGACCACCGGCAUGAAGGAGGUGUUGAAGCAGCUGCAGAGUAAACUGGAGCAGGAGGCCGGAACACUGGCGUCGUCCGGACGGAGCGAUGUGCUGCACCAACUCAAAGAGCUCCACAUGGAUCUCACUAACUACUACGAACUCAAGCAUCAACCCCACAAUCUGAGGCUUCUAACAGGCAGUGUGGGGGGGGCAGGGCCAGGUGGAGUUGGAGGAGCUGACGUGGACGACCGCCUGGCUCUGCCUCCUUCCUCCUGCUCCUCUUCCACAGCGGUGAGCAGAGCCCGAAGUCCGCUCAGAGCGCUGUCCCGUCUGAGCUUAGGUUCUGGGGGGGAGGCCGCUGCCGCCAUGCUGCCGCAUCACUUCCUGGACGGAGCACCGCCCAAAACAGCUGUCAUCAGUGGAGCUGAUGGACGAAUGAGCGACCACCACCAGGAGGAGCUGUACAAGGAGAGGAACCUCCUCCUGGGGGAGAUCGACCGCGAGGAGAGGGAGCGCUGCUGGUACUUCAGCCAGCUGGACGCGCUGUCUCAGAGACUGGCUCAACUGCCCCGCAUCGACACGUUUUCUCUGCAGAUGGAUCUGAUCCGGCAGCAGCUGGAGUUUGAAGCACAGCAGGUUCAGUCUGUAAUGGAGGAGCGUUUCGGCACCAGUGAUGAAGUGGUUCAGAGGACGCAGAUCCGUGUUGCUCGUCUGGAGCAGCUGGAGAAAGAGCUGCAGGAGGCCCGAGGCAGUCAAGAGACCCAGCUACAGCUGUCUGGAGCUGAGAAGCCCCCUGCUGGAGAGCCGGAGAAUGGAGGCGCAGCAGCAGGAACAGAAGCUCCUGCAGACGGAGGCAGCAAGGUGGAGAUGGUGUUCUGGCUGCUCUCCAUGCUCGCCAACAGAGAUAAGGAGCAGAUGUCUCGCACUCUGCUGGCUCUAUCCAGCUCUCAGGACAGCUGCAUUGCCAUGAGAAAGUCUGGCUGUGUCCCGCUGCUGGUCCAGAUCCUACAUGAAGCCCCCAGCGGGGGGGAGACGGUGGCGGGAGGGACUGUGACGGGCUGCAGCAGGGAGGCCAAAUCUAGAGCAAGCGCCGCCCUUCACAACAUCAUCUACUCCCAGCAGGACGAGGGCCAGGCCCGCCGCGAGAUGCGGGUGCUGCACAUGCUGGAGCAGAUCCGGACCUACUGUGACAGCGGCUGGGACUGGAUCGAGAGCCAUGCAGGGACACCAUCCCCUGGAGGAACCAAAACCACCGACAUCCCUGAGCCUGUAGACCCUCAGAUCUGUCAGGCCAUGUGCGCCAUCAUGAAGCUUUCCUUUGAAGAGGAGUGCCGGCGUGCUAUGAAUGAAUUAGGCGGUCUGCAAGUCGUGGCUGAUUUGAUCCACCUGGAGCAGGACAUGUACGGCAUGCAGAACGACCCCAUCAACAUGGCUCUGCGCCGCUACUCAGGGAUGGCUGUGACUAACCUCACUUUCGGAGACGUCGUCAACAAGGCCACUCUGUGCUCCAAAAAGAGCUGUCUACUAGCUCUGGUUGCCCAGUUGGCAUCAGACAGUGAAGAGCUACAUCAGGUGGUCUCCAGCAUCCUGAGGAACCUAUCCUGGAGGGCUGACAUCAGCAGUAAGAAGAUCCUCAGAGACAUCGGCUGUGUGUCUGCCCUGAUGACCUGUGCCCUUCAGGCCACCAAGGAGUCGACCUUGAAGAGCCUCCUAAGCGCUCUAUGGAAUCUGUCAGCUCACAGCACUGACAACAAGGUGGCCAUAUGUUCAGUGGACGGCGCUCUGGGCUUCCUGGUCAGCACACUGACGUACCGAUGUCAAACCAAUUCACUGGCCAUCAUCGAGAGCGGAGGAGGCAUUCUUCGAAACGUGUCAAGUCUGGUCGCUACAAGGGAAGACUACAGGCAAAUCCUCAGGGACCACAACUGCCUCCAGACUCUGCUGCAGCACCUGCGCUCCCACAGCCUGACAAUAGUGAGCAACGCCUGUGGGACUCUCUGGAACCUCUCUGCCCGUAGUCCAAAAGACCAGGAGCUGCUCUGGGAUCUUGGUGCAGUGAGCAUGCUUCGCAACCUUAUCCACUCCAAGCACAAGAUGAUAGCCAUGGGCAGCGCUGCAGCUUUAAGGAAUCUCCUCACCAAUCGACCCAUAAAAUAUAAGGAUGCUGCCGUUGUAUCCCCUGGGUCCUGCAUGCCCUCACUUUACAUGAGGAAACAGAAGGCUCUCGAGGCAGAGCUGGAUGCCAAACACCUUGCAGAGACUUUUGACACCCUGGAGAAACAAAGCCCCAAGAUUCUGACACUUAACAAGCCACUACGGCACAUUGAGAGUCUGGCAAAGGAUUAUGCAUCUGAUUCUGGUUGUUUUGAUGAUGACGAGGCACCCAACGUCUCCAGUAGCCUGGACACUGGGAGUUUCUCAAUGCUCUCUAUGUUCCUUACAAACUCUAACUUCCUGCAAAACCAACCACGCAAGAGGGACAGUGAACCUGAGAGAGAUGUAGACAUGCCUCAGAUGGUCGAGAAGAGACAAGCUCCUCCUGACGAUGUGGUAUCUGCUGCUGCGGAAAAGCUGGCAAAAAAGAUCACCAACACGGUUGCCAAGAUAGACAGGUUAGUGGAGGACAUCACCAUGCAAACAUCAUCAGAGGACAGUUUUAGCCUAAGCUCUGAAGACCAUUUGGCAGACUGGCCUUACGGGCUGGAUGAACUCAAUGAAGCCCGGGCAAAAUCAUGCUCCCCCUGCCGUGUCUCCGAUACAAGCAGCUUGAACCACAGGGAACGGCUCAGUAGAGCCCAUGCCCUGUUGCGCCUCAAAACGGCCCAUACAAGUGUAUCAACAGACAGCCUCAACAGUGGAAGCACCAGUGAUGGCUACUGUGGAAGCAAAGACCAGAUGCGACCUGCUCCAAAACCUCUUACGAUGCAACAGCGUCCCAACCAGCUUGAUCUCAAGGUGGCCCAUCAAGAUUACUUCAAUGUUGGACUGUCUGCACUGAAUGAGACUAACCAUCAAUAUAUUCCGGAGAGAGAUUCUGUGGACAACAAAGAUGCUAGAGGUGAAGAGCUCAGCAGCACAGAUGCAGAAAAAUAUCAGGAUCAACCUAUUCAAACGCCUGUCAGUGCAUCUACUAAACUCUCCUCUGAUGUCAGCAUGACUUCAAUUAAAUUGUCUCCUUCUUAUCAACCGGUUCCACUGAUUCAGAGUGUGGCUAAAUUUGGUGUAGCAAAGACAGCAAUCAAUGUUCAAGCUGCCCAAGCAAUGAGGAGGCAAGCAUGGAUACCUACUGUAAUGACUGGGGGUAGUAUUACAAAAUUUUCUCCAAUGUCUUCCACCAGAAACCCAACUAUUGGGGCGAUGGAGACGGUCCAGAAAUACUCGGUGGAGAACACCCCAAUUUGCUUCUCCCGCUGCAGUUCACUUUCCUCCCUCUCUUCUGGCGACGGAGCAUUGGAUGGACAAAGUGAAAAUGAGCUAGAGAGUGACUCAUCAUUAGAAAUAAUUGAAGUAGAAGAUGGGGAAGUGGUGAUAAGAGCUGAGGAGGAUGAAACCUUGGAAGAUCUGAGUGACAGUCAGUUGCUGAUGACUGACUCAAAAACAUUCCCCAGCAAAGAGACAGAUCCCAUUGAGAUUCCCUGUCAGGCCAAAAGGGAAAAGGUUUUCCUUAGAGGAGCUUCACCAGCCAUACUGGAAGACAGAUCUCCAUCCAGUUCAUCUGAAAACUACAUCCACGAGACCCCCCUGAUAAUGAGUCGCUGUAGCUCAGUCAGUUCCCUGGGUAGCUUUGAGUCUCCUUCUUUUGCCAGCUCAAUCCAAAGUGAUCCAUGUAGUGAGAUGAUUGAUGGAACAAUAAGCCCUAGUGAUCUUCCAGACAGUCCAGGUCAAACCAUGCCUCCUAGUCGAAGUAAAACUCCAUGUUGCAUUGAGUCAAAUGGACCAGAAACACAGGCCACAGGAAUUGCAGGCCAAUGGGAAAGCAGCCUGCGAAAGUUCAUGGAGAUUGCAGACUCUAAGGAGAGGUUUAACCUUCCUCCUGACUUGGACACCAUGAUCUACUUUACAGUGGAAAAGCCAACUGAAAACUUCUCUUGCGCUUCGAGUUUGAGUGCCCUGCCUCUUCACGAACACUACAUACAAAAAGAUGUUGAGCUGAAAUUGACCCCCCUACUCCAGCAAAAUGACAAACAUCUUCCUUUCCCUGAUGAGCAUGAGCAAGGAUUUGACCAUGGUGAGAGAUAUAGUGAAGGCAACUCAGAUGAUGACAUAGAAAUCUUAAAGGAAUGCAUAAACUCAGCAAUGCCCUCCAAAUUCAGAAAAGUAAGACCUUCCCUGAUGACCACCAUCCCUCCUCACAUUCUCAAUUCUCAGAUCCAAAAACAGAUUCAUGUUCCAGUGUACAUGAUGCUUCCAAAUGGAAAAACCCAAAUGUGUCCUGGAAGGAGAUUUGUCAUCCCCCAAAAGGACUUCAUAUUUGACGAUUCAUCCUUCACUGAUUCUGCAGAAGGUACCCCAGUCAACUUCUCCAGCACAACAUCCCUUAGUGAUGAAACACUUCAGUAUUCAGUAAAGGAGAGGGGGGCUAACGACUGCACAGCCAAAGGUAUAAACAAACAGGAAUUGCUUGACGAUGAGGCAAAGAGGAUAGAAGACUUGAGGAUAUUCUCACACUUCCAUAAACCCAACAAGAUGAAUUACCCACCUGAGAUACAAAUGAACCGAACAACCAAACAUAUCAUUCCCACGCAGAGGGUGCUGUUGCAGAGCAAAGAGGUAGCAGAUAGGGUGGCAAACCAACGAAACCGUGAUAAGUCACCAAACCAGCAAAAUAAGAGGCAAAGUCAAGGUACGGUCAGGAAACUGGAAUUGCCCGUCAUUAAGCAAAACAAAGAAGGUAACCUAAAUGUUCGAUCAAAAAAAGGGAAAACAGUCGUUCGGCAAAUGACACAAUCUUCAGAGGACAGUAACAGCUUCUAUGAGGAUAAAAAUGAAGCAAUAAAACGAACAAGUAGAAAACAGAUCAGGGAAGAAAGUACAAACACUCUCUCCCGAAGCAUGACAAAUAUUGGCAGGGUUGAUAAUUGCCAAGCAAUGCCAAGAGGAUUUCAAAGGAUUAAACAAAAUCUGAUUAAGGAUGAAUCACUGGCAUGUUACUCACUCAGCUCCUCACUUAGUUCACUGAGUGAUGCCGAGUUUGAGGCUCAUAGAUCAAAAGCCCAUCAAAUAUGGUACAAAAACAGACAUAACAAAACACUCAAUAUGAUGAAACAAACAAAGCCUAUAAACAUUCACAGCCAAUAUGAAGAGCCGAGCUCGCCAAGUUCUGUCAGCAUGGAUUCAGAGGAUGACCUUCUUCAGAAAUGCAUAACAUCUGCCAUGCCCAGGCAGAGAAGAAGGCUUGCUGCCAGAAAGAAAAAAGCAGAAAAUAGUCAAAAACAAAACACAUAUGAUGGGUGGAACAUGAAUGAGGAAAUGGAUAUGGAUGAGGAAAUGGAUAGUGAUGACACAGCAUGGGAUAAAGAUUCAGACCUCAAUAGUGUUGAAUGGAGAGCCAUACAAGAAGGUGCUAAUUGUGUUGUCACUGGGUUGCAGGCAUCAAAGUCUCAGGACCCAUCCUCUGAAGAGACUGAAUCAGUCCUGUCAUUUAUGUCCACAUCCAGCUUCACACCCAAAGAAAGGAAGUUUGCUAAAGAUAAAAAGGCAAAUAAACCUCUUGACUUUGCGCAGCGCAAGCCAGUUCCAAACUUACCAAUGGUUUUCAGAGGCCGGACAGUGAUCUAUACACCGAAAAAGGAGACGGCUCCAUCACAAAGACCUCCUCCUAGAAAAGUAACAACCAAUACAGAUGCUCCAAAGAACCCAAACCUUGCUCAGCACAGAUCAAAGAGCCUUCACAGAUUAGGUUGGCCCCAGGAUAUUGAACUGUCUUUGCCAAAGAGAAGCUCUACUCCACCUCCAAGGAUACCAAAAAGUUCAUCCUCUGGAUCGUCACAAAGUUCUACACCAUCUAAACAGUCACAGAAGAAGAUAAUAUCCCCGACUCAGAUAAAUAAAACCAACCAGAAAAAGAUUGCCUCGCUACCUAGUAGCCCGCCAGCUACAAGCCCCCCUGAAAGAAAGGGACGCUCUCCUGUUCUGAAACAAAAUGAAAAGUCCCCACCACCUAAAACUCAAAAGUCACCUGUCCGAAUUCCAUUUAUGCAAAGUUCAGCCAGGCCAAGACCUCUGUCACCUCUAGUAACUAACAAGAUAACCACCACACAAACCAAUAAGGUCAAUGGCAAACGUUUGCCCCCCACCGAUCGUUUUGGACUUGUCAGGAUGACUUCUGUCCAUUCAAGUGGUGGUGAGUCUGAGCGCAAUGGAUUCUUGAGACAGCUGACUUUCAUUAAGGAAUCACAGAAUGCGCUUAGACGUGAUGGUUCCGCACACAACAUGUCAGGAUCUCAGAAUGGAUCCCCGCGCAGAGCAAUUCCUGGAGCUUCAGCUGUCUUUCUUUGCUCAUCACGCUGUCAGGAACUAAAGGUAUCUGUGCAAACUCCCAGACGGGUGCGAGUAAAAGAUCUAAGACAAACAGAGCAGAGGUCAGACCGCUGCCUACAGAAGCAGAGUGCAACCCUCUCGAGAGCAACCUCCUGUGAAAGAGAUCUAUCUGCAAGACGCCCAUCGAGAAGAACCAGCUCUGAAAGCCCUUGUAGGUUGGCUCAGCGAAACGGGCCUGGCAGAGUGUCUGGACCCAAACAGCAACAAGACAAGGAUACCUUUAAACGUCAUGCUUCAUCGCCAAGCCUAAACAUACUGAGUAGGGUGACCAGCCGUUCCUCCCUCCGUUCCUCCUCAUCUGAUUCAAGUGGAAGAGCAAAGAGCGAGGAUGAUACAAAGAAAAAAGUGCAGAGAUCUGCAUCAAAGCUGAAUGAAAGAGUCACCUGGAGGAGGAUCAGGGAUGAAGAUGUACCUCAGAUCUUGAAAAGCACUCUGCCAGCAAAUGCAUUACCUUUGGUAACUUCUCCUGACGGGGAACAGCCAAAACCACUGGCACUACCAGGAAAGCUGCCAACAAUUUUACUUGUGUCUCGCAAGACAAGCGAUGCGACAGUCCAGACAGAAGAUUUUACAAACAACAAAACCAACUCAAGCCCCUCUCCAACAGUUGAAACAGCUCGGAUGAUUUCAGAGGAAGUGGCACGCUUUGCGCUACUUAAGAAGAUUAGUUCAACCUCUGGGAGUAACCUGCAGGAUGGAGAUUCUGAAGUCUCCCUGAGCCACAGCACUGUCUCCACAGGAACGUCUGAUUCCCAUGUCGGUGGAGUUGUCCAUUUCCGCCAAGGAUCCCCCAGCAAGGCUGCCCGUAUCACUCCAUUUAAUUAUACUCCAAGCCCCAUUUCCUGCAACCUACAAAACAUGCAUAGCAAGAUAGCCUCAAUCAAGGAAAAGUCAGGGGAAAAAAGUGAGUCGUAAGACAUUUAGUGGAUUACUGGACAACAUGGAUUACUCUACUGUGAUCCUGGAUGAAACUCAGGUGGACAGCCUAGGAGUGUGCUGGCCCAUAUACCUCGGGUAUUUACCCUUUACUUUCCCCAUUCACUGCAAGUCUUUCUCUCUGAACAAUUGAUCAAAGCUUCCAUCUACCAUUCAUAAAAGGUUGGAUGUAUGCAUUAAGAGGUCUAACAAGACUCUCAAUAACAAUGCACUUCAGAGAAAAAUCACACAUGAAAAGGAAGUGCAUCUUUUUGUACUUUUUUUGUAUUUGUAGAAUAAUCAUUGCCUAUUAGAAAAGUAGUGGAAAUAUGAAGCAAAAGACAAUUAACUUGAUUUCAGCACAUCGGUUUUCUGGAUGGAAUCGAUAAAAGAACAAUAUUAUGCAAAUCUUUGAAAGAUUACUCAGCUGGACUUUUACCUGAAAUGUACAAACUGUGGCUGACUGUUGAUAGACUCUCACAAAUGAUGCCAAUACACUGAAAUGUUAAGCAUUUUUUACAUACAGUGAAUCAAUGCUUUGGGCCUCUUAAUCACAAAUCAACGGAAUUAUAAUAAACUGCUAGUCUUCUUUUUCAUAGAGCUCAGUAGGUCUGGGGCUACAUUUUAGAAAAGAACUUCAAAUGAACAGUCCAAUUAUCUUAUUUAGUGAUUUCAGAAUGUAUUACAGGUCAGCGGUGUGCAAAAUUCUAAAUUCAAAAGCUAAACAUUGUGCAGUUUGUACUUAUUUAAGUAUUUUGAACGCGCAGAUAACAAUUUUGAGGCAACUGUUAACUAUAGUUUUACUAGUGUACAUCUAUAUAUAUGAUAUAUGAUAACUACAUAUGUACGUAGUCAUCAUAUCUCCCCAGCUCAACUUUGCUUAAAAAGUAUUAUUAAUAAAGUCUACUGAGCAGUAAUUUGAGGAGGAAUAUGAUUAUCCCUGACACCUACUCUACUCUAGAUAAAUCCCUGCUGCAGAACAAAUUAUAGCAUCCUGUGGUUUUCUAAACUAUAAGCAGAUUCUGGUUAUUUACACUCUCCUGUGCUGUUUGUCUUGAUCAGUUUUGUAAAUAACAUGCAGAUAUACAAAAUCUCCAAAGCUUCCUUGUGGGCAAAAAAAUCUGUGUUGCUCGAUGACAGCAUGCAUAUACUGUAUAUAUCAUUGACUGUAUACACACACCUGUUGUGGAGGGACGAUGAUGUUGUUAUUCAGAGGUAAACUAGCAUUACUCGCCAUCUGUAAUUAGGAGCUGAAAAGACAUAUAAUGGUAUUAACUGUCAGCGUAGCUGAACAGAGCGACUACAUGCCUAUUCUCAUCUAUUUACAUGACAUAUUUGUUAUGUUUGCUUCUAGAUUCAGGCCUUAUUGCUGUGGAGUAUUCCUUGUCCAGAAACAAAAUUAUUUGAUCCAGUGAUGGUGCGGCUUUGAGUCAAUGGACGUGUGUCCUUACUAAACUCUUUAUAACUUGUUAAUAAUUAAUAAUAAUAAUUAACUGUGUUGCUGUAAAGUAGUGAUAGGUUGAGAAGAAGUUGAAUAUUAAGACAAUGAAUAUUCUCUGUAGUUGUAACAUCACUCCUCUGUGUGUGCUGCUGGAAGAUCAAAGACAGAACUAACAUUCAUCAUUCAUCUACAUAAAGGCGCUCAAUAUUCAUAAAACAAGCUUUUGUAUUUACCACACUGACCCUACUGUAUUUCCAAAGCAUGUUUCGAUUAUCCAUAAAGAACAAGUAGCAUUUCAAUGCAAUACUUCAGGUCCCCCUGGCCAUUUGAAGAUAUAUAGGUAAUACAACCCUAACAUCUGCAAUCACCUGGUUGGUUUGAAUAAAGUUGGCUUGGGAAAUUAUAUUUAGAAAUGAUGUCACUGUGCAUAAACUUUUAUAAAAACUCUGCAUGAGUAGUCAGAGUUUUUGAAAGUGCAGAUGUAGAAUAAUAUUAACAAGAAUGUGAAAACACAUUAUUCAAACAGAGAAAAAAGUGGAUUGAUCCAAGCACAGAUUUAAAGCUGACUUGAGAACAAACAUUUAGGCCAAGAGUAGAAUGAUUUGGCCUAAGUACCUUAGCCUUAAUUUAUGUACAUAUGGUGUGCUAUUAUGUUAAAGCUAUGGUACUUGGGCCAAGUUUGAGUGUUCAACUUAAGCUGAGUAAUCUAUCAAUUAUUCAAAAUGUUGAAAUCAAUGUGCAUGUGGACAGAUUGUUAUCACAGCACGCACAAAAAGGUUUCUUUCAGUCAAAACGUCAGGUAGAUACAACACUAGCUGUCCCGUGAGUACGCGUGAAUACACCUGCAGGGGAUUACAGCGCUAUGUUCAGACUGUAAGAAAGGUUGUUUCAUCUGUAACCAGAUAAAAGUAAAGCCCCAGGAGGUUCAGCAUUUUCUUAAGCACAUAUUUCACACAUUUUAAAUAUGUGUGUCCCUUAUUUGAACCCAUAAUUAAAGGCUUGAAAUUAGUAUUUCUAAACCGUGUUUGAUACUUAUCAAGACAGAUCUUGGGUUUGAGAAUCACUUUAACAGAAAGUAAAAAUACAUAUUAGGAGGUAGAGUGAAAACUGUGUGAACAAGACGGACAAGGAGUUAGUCUUAAGUGUUAAUAUGUGGUCAGGAGUGUCCUGGAAGUUAGUCCACCCUCACCGUCAGCAACUUUGAACACGCCUGGCUGUAGACAAUUGUUCCAAAAUCAUGCUGAUGGGUUUUAAAUAAAAUGCCUUCUGUGCGUUCAGCAUUUUCCAAUUCACAAAACAUGGAUGGUUAAACGUAUUUCAGCACAAAUGACUAAAUCUGUUAUGAAACUAAAUAUUAGAUACAUUAUAAGGACUCUUGAAACUUUAAUUUUGUGGACAGUUAUUGAGUUAAUGUCUAGCGUCACUCAUAAUACUGGCGGCCCCAGCCUGUCGAGCGUGAACAAGGCACCGAGGAGUUAUGGUGCCAUGUGAAAUAGGCAAAGCAGCAGAACUGUGUCAUAAUAAAUGUUUUCAUCCAAUAAAAAGUGACGUGUUUCAUUAAAA